AUGAAAGGAUUGGAGAACAUGCCGUGGAGGAAAAGCAACGAGACAGGCAUUUUCCAAGUGGACGAGCACGGCUACAUCAGCCCGGUUCAUGCGCCGGAUCUUGUGUUCGGUGUUGUCCGCGAGGUGAACUACACCUUCCAACCCAAAAAUCCUUACUGGGCCUGUCGCCCAUGUCACAGCAUUGCCGGCGAGAUGGCGGACAAGACUCAGUGCCAUGGUUCGACGUCGGUCAGCGCUCUUCCAGGCUACAUGCUCCGACAUGUAACAGGAGAGCGGACGCUUGACGUCCAUCGCUGCCCCAACCGCAUGGCCUGUCUCGUGGAUGUCCUGGUAGCAAUCUCAGCCUCACCGGCGCCGGCGAGCUAUCUCGUGAGAGCAAGCUUUGCGCCGAAGGUUAGGAAGGACGAGUAUCAGAGAUCGGAACCCCUCGAGAUGCUGGGCUCUCGCCCUCCAGUCGUGGCUAAGGCUAUGAAAGCAGCCGCCCUGGUUGCGUUCGCUGUGCGCCUGAUUACGGUAGGCCGGGCUGUCGUCUCCAACGGCCUCUUCUACGCCUUUGCUCUCAACUCUGCCAAGCCGAGAACCGACACCCAGCAGAUCUUCAAGGUAUUCCUGGCAUUCCUGACCAUCUCUUGCCGGAGCCUCUCUGCCUUGCCCAAGACCCGGCACUACGCGAAGUUGACAAAUGACAUUAAAGCCGCUGGAGAGGCACUCUAUCAGAGCCUCUUUGCAGUGGACCUGGUGAUCAGCAGCGAGCCAGGGUCCAUGAACUUCGCUUACGACUGCUGGGGCUUGACAGAAGAAGGCCCCGCCCUCGUGGUCUGGGGCAAUAUGUUCGUCCCCCCCCUCAUCGCGGCAGCAGCAAGGCUGGCGAAGGGGCCGCGGAUUCUCAUGUACGAGGCUGCCUUUGGCACCCGCUGCGUCGAGAACUUGUGGCCUCUCCUGAACCUGCCACGAUUUUGGCUCGCUGCCGGGACGACCCUGCUUCUACUUCUCGUAGGACCUGUCCUGUGGCUGAUGUUGGCAGCGAAGGAUCCGGCGAAGGAGGUAUGGGACCAGCGGAGCGAGACAGUGGCCUUCCUGGUGGCUGGAUACAGGCCGACGCUCCGAUGGUGGGAGGUCAUGGUCCUCGGGAGAAAGGCAGCCAUCUUUGCCGUGUCUGCUUUGCUUCCGAUGUCUUUGGCGCCGGCGUCUCACUUGAUCUAUCUUUUGGGCAUCGUGGUUGUUGCAGAGCUCCUUCACGUCACUAUCCGACCUCAUGCCAGCAACCUGUGGCAUCGGCUGGAAGCACGGAUGCUGGGAAUCUCCUCGGUGUGUUUAGUGCUGGUGAUGUCUUUGCUAGUUGAGUGGCCUUUCAUGCCCUACGCCAUUUACGUGGCCAGCAGCGCCCUUUUCUUCGCGCUCACGAGUGGGGUUUACAUCUACUUCUUAUGGCUCUACAUCCGCAGCUCAGUUUUCAAGUCCCCCAACCUUGGGGAAGAGGACAGAGAAGGUGAAGAGGGCUAA